GUUCUUCAUUGUCGCUGCCGCCAUGAACGCCGGUGGCCGCCGUCUCCUCCGGCUUCUCCCCCACCAUCACCGCCGCGUUUUCUCCUCCCAGUCCUUACCUCCUCCUCCUGCUGCUCCCCGACGGCGCGUGGUGGUCACUGGCCUCGGCAUGGUCACCCCGCUUGGUUGUGGCGUUGGUCCCACCUGGUCCCGCCUCAUCGAUGGCCGUUGCGGGAUACGGGCUCUGUCUCCCGCCGAUCUCAAGGUGGACGGGUUUGACGAGACCGUGGUAAUGCACACCUACGAGCAGCUCUCGUCCAAGGUGGCAGGCGUCGUGCCGUGCGGGAAGGAAGAGGGGGAGUUUGAUGAGGAGACCUGGGUUCGUUCCAAGGAUCAUAGAUCAAUUGCACGGUUUAUAUCAUAUGCCCUUUGCUCGACUGAUGAGGCGAUUAGAGAUGCAAACUGGAUGCCAGAAGAGCCAGAAAAGAAGGAAAGAACGGGUGUUUCCAUAGGUGGGGGUACUGGAAGCAUAUCUGACAUUUUAGAUGCGGCACAUAUGAUAUGUGAAAAGCGUUUGCGCCGGCUUAGUCCAUUCUUUAUCCCGAGAAUAUUGAUUAACAUGGCAGCAGGCCAUGUGAGCAUGAAGUAUGGUUUCAUGGGGCCAAACCAUGCAGCGGUGACAGCUUGUGCCACUGGAGCUCAUUCUAUUGGGGAUGCUACACGAAUGAUUCAAUUUGGAGAUGCAGAUGUAAUGGUGGCUGGAGGAACAGAGUCUAGUAUUGAUGCUCUUUCUAUAGCAGGAUUUUGUAGAUCAAAAGCACUGGCUACCAAAUAUAAUAGCCUUCCUGAAGCUUCUUCUCGGCCUUUUGAUUGUGAUCGGGAUGGAUUUGUGAUCGCUGAAGGUUCUGGUGUAAUGGUAUUGGAGGAACUUGAUCAUGCAAAGGAGCGAGGGGCAAAAAUUUAUGCAGAGGUUCGAGGCUAUGGCAUGUCAGGUGAUGCUCAUCACAUUACUCAGCCGCACAUUGAAGGCAAGGGCGCUAUGCUAGCCAUGACACGCGCACUGGAACAAUCAGGCCUUAGUCCAAAUCAGGUCGAUUAUAUAAAUGCUCAUGCCACAUCAACUCCUCUUGGUGAUGUUGCGGAAGCCAAUGCAAUCGGAUCUGUAUUCUCAGAUCAUUCAACAUCAGGUGCUCUGGCACUAUCCUCCACAAAGGGAGCCACUGGUCAUCUACUUGGAGCUGCUGGUUCUGUGGAGGCAAUUUUUGCGGUUCUAGCAAUUCAUCAUGGUAUUGCACCACCAACACUAAACCUUCAAAAGCCAGAUCCUGUCUUUCAUGGUGGAUUCAUGCCUCUGAGUGCCCCAAGAGAGAUGCCAAUAAGAGCUGCACUUUCAAAUUCGUUCGGCUUUGGUGGAACCAAUGCUUCCCUGCUAUUUUCCGGCCCUCCUUAACCUCAACCUCCAAAUGCUCACCCAUCUAGACAGGAAUAUUGAUGCAACUGAUGCCUCGAGUAUUCUAUUGUUUCCGAAAAUAGACAAAAUGAUGAACUUUUGUCGAUGGAAUGCUCGACCCUUUUGCUCUGCAACUUGUAGCAUGGAUUACAAGCAUAGUUUUCUGUCAGGAACAACAACUAUUCAGUUCAUGAAUUUGCUGCUUGUAUUGUUUCCAUCUCUAAUUGAAGCCUUGAAUUUAAUGA